AUGGAUCCUGCAGAGGCCACGGAGGGGACGGACACCUCGCGCCACGCGUGCGCGCGCCGGCUAUUGCGUCUAGGAGCACUGACAAGCACCCUGGUCUUUACCUGCCUGGUUCUCUACGCUUUCACUCUGACCUCGAGCAGCGGCCACACUCGGGUAGGCACGGUGAGGUUUGAAGCCAGGGCGCAAGGCCCGGAAGGGACGAUGCCAGCGAGUCCGACGAACCCCACGAACCCCACAGUGGCGGCAGUGGCGGGUCCACCGGCGAUGGUGUCGAUCGCGCCACCCACCACCACCACCAGCACCACUUCCCGGCUGACCUCAGGCAUCCUCUACGUUAUGCGUUCGGGACACCAAAACUACAAGACCCGGAUCCCCGCCGUGAUGGAAACCUGGGGCAAAGAGGUGAAUUCCACACUGGAUGGUCUCAUCAUCAUAGGAGACCAGAGCUGGCCAGGGCACCGCCCGCCCAUCAUUCGUGCGGAGAUCUGUGGAAACGACCACAGCAAGCAGCUCUGCUGCAAGACGGGCUACGCCCUGAUGAUGGCUGCGCAGCACUUGGAUGAGUUUUCCUGGUUCUUCGUGGUGGACGAUGACAUGUAUGUGAACCUCGAGAAUUCCCGGAAGGUGCUGUCGGGGUACGACCCGUCCAAGCUCAUUGCCCUGGGCAUCCCGGGCUGUGGCCCCGGCUUCUGCGCGGACAAGAAGGGCGGGUUCUGCGGCGGGGGUGGUUACGCGGUGUCCCGGGCCAGCCUGAGAAGACUCAUGGUCCCGUCCCCUGAGGAUUUUCACAAAGAUUUAAUGAAGAAGCUGGCGGUGGAGAAGUCCGGGCAGGCUUGGGACGACAUCAGCAUCUCCUGCUCCCUGAAGCGGCACAACAUCAAGCUCCUACAAAUCAAGGGUCUUCAUGGUUGGCGAAUUGAGGGGAGAGGGAGGCCGCUGAAUAGUGGCUAUGAGAGAGCUAUCAGGUCCCGCAACCCCUUGCCUAUCACUUUUCACUAUCUGACGCCCGACAUGAUGACUGCUAUCCACCGCCGCUUUCAGGAUUUGGGCAAACACAGGCUCCUGGGCAGCAGGAUCCUUCCGAGGCACGCCUAUGACGAGCAGCUACAACAGUACCUUCUGAACAUGAGCAACCGGCACUUUUUCAUGGAGUAA